AUGUCCCAAAACCCAGCCCACCUAGAGCCUUCGAAGCUCGGCACAAAAGACUACUGGGACGCCCUGUACACGCGCGAGCUCACGAACCACGCGGCCGACCCGUCCGACGAGGGCACCGUCUGGUUCGACGACGCCGACGCCGAGGCCCGCGUGCUCGCCUACCUCGAGGCCCUCCCCGAAUCGGCCCCGUUCGACCACGACCUGCGCCAGGCCGACGCCGCGUUCCUCGACCUCGGCUGCGGCAACGGCAGCCUGCUGUUCGCGCUGCGCGACGACGGCUGGGCCGGCCGCAUGCUGGGCGUCGACUACAGCGAGCGCAGCGUGGCGCUGGCGCGGCAGAUUGCCGCGGCGAGGCGGGCGGCGCAGGAAGACGAGGACAAGGAUGUGGCCGGGGGCGAGGACAAGGACGUCGAGGGCGAGGGCGAGGGCGAGGACGAGGCGCAUAUUGGUUUUACAGAGUGGGACGUGCUGCGCGGGGACUUUGGCGCCGUGCUCGACGGCCGGCAGCGCGAGGGGUGGUCCGUCGUGCUGGACAAGGGCACCUUUGACGCCGUGUGCCUCUCUGGCGAGCAGGACGCCGCGACGGGGAGGCGCGUCAGCGAGGGCUACCGCGCGCGGGUGCUCACGCUCGUCAAGGAGGGCGGCCUGUUUCUCGUGACGAGCUGCAACUGGACCGAGGACGAGCUGAGGGCGUGGUUCGAAGGGGCUGGCGACGGCGGCGCCGGGGGCAAGCUCGUCAUGGUCGGGCGGGUCGCAUAUCCGAGCUUCCAGUUUGGCGGCGCCAAGGGGCAGGCUAUCAGCACGGUCGCCUUUCAGAGGCAGAGGGCCUGA